AAAAAUAAAAAUAAAAAAAUAAAAAAAUAAUCAAUAAAAAAGGAAUAAAAUUAAAAAUUAUGAAUUUUGCACAUCGUUGUAAGCGGAGAUGAUCUGAGGUUUAAUUUUAUGAUUUGUUUCAUUUACCAUCAUCAUAAUAAUGUUGGACAACUAUGCGAAUAUAUUUUUCUCAAUCGGUUUUGGUGUCAUUCUCAUGUGGUUAACCGAAUCAACAGAAGCCUAUGUGAAUUAUACGGCAAAGCCACGAGUUGUAUUACCGCCCAAUUAUGUCAAGGAGAUACGACCGCCUUCGAAAAAGGGUUCUCCUGUUAUAGUAGAUUUUAGCAUAUUUGUUGUAGAUAUUAAUUCAAUAAACGUAGAGGAUAUGGACUUUAGAGUAGACAUGUUUGUACACCAACGUUGGCUGGAAUCCCGCUUAGAAAUAUCCGACGAUAUAUUUGAAGAAGGUGAUGACUACGUAACUUUACUUCCAGAAUUUUUCGAUAAUCUUUGGCAACCUGAUCCUUAUUUCUUAAAUUCAAAAAUUGCUGAGAUUGCUACGCUGACGCACAAAUUUACUUCAGUGACAUUGUAUAAAAACAAAACAGUACGCUAUGCUGCGCGCAUGCAUGCAAUUAUAGCCUGCCAAAUGGAAUUCCAAUUAUACCCGAUGGACAUACAAGUCUGCCCCAUAUACAUCGAAAGCUUUUCAUCAAAUAAUCAGAAAGUGAAAUUACGUUGGUCUGAUUCGGGGGUAACUUUGAAUCCUGAACUUAAAUUGCUACAAUACAAUUUGGGGCAACCACUUGAAUUGGAGGAAAGUGAUGGCUACAUGCCAGAGAAAGUUGGGAAUUUUUCCCGAUUAACGGUUUACUUUCGUUUCGAACGACAAAUCGGACAUCAUCUCAUACAAACGUUUGCACCUUCAUCUCUGGUAGUGAUGCUAUCAUGGUUCAGCUUUUGGCUAGGUCUUGAUGCAAUUCCCGGACGUGUUACUCUAUUGGUGACUUGUAUGCUGACAUUAGUUACUAUGUUUACAGGCCUGAGGGCUGAUAUACCACCCGUAGCCUAUGUUAAGGCUUUGGAUUUAUGGAUGGCUGGUUGUAUGGUAUCGGUUUUUGCUGCCUUAGCGGAAUUCGUUGUAGUUAAAGUCUUAGAUGUCCAAUAUCAAUAUCAAGUUAACAGAAUACCCAAAGUGUUGCCAAUGCGCAUAAGCAAUAUGGAAAAAGGUCAAUGUGCAACAGUAGCGAGUUGGGAGGGUGGUGCAGUUCGGUCACGCAAGGCCACACAAACACCCACAACACCUGGGCAGACAUCGCUACAGGGCAAUGGUGGUCCGCCAAAACCUGCAAGACGUCAAAGCUUAUUAUCUGUAGCCUGGACGGAUACGGACACUGGUGUGGAAAAAAUUAUGUGGCGCGAAAUUGAUAAGGUGUCCCGGGCUGUAUUUCCCAUAUUAUUUUUCGUGUUCGUGCUCUUAUAUUGGCCGAUAUUACUUAUGAAGUCCUCCUAGGAUUUGGGGAGUUCCAGAAUACAUAUUUCUGGACUCCGAUAAAAACAAAAGAUUACCUUCAAGUUACCCAAUAAAAAUUAAUAAAGCAACAACUACAAAUCACAAUCAUAGUACAAUCGAAAAAUUUUGGUAAUGAUCAUCAUCGUCGUUAUAAAUAGAAAAAUAUUAAACGAAAGCCAUCAACGAAAGCUUGAAAAUUGAAAAUUCUUUUCAACUUUU